CUCUCAACAGAUGUUCUUAUUGACUGAUGCGUGACGAUGGCAGCCGUAGGCUGACGUAGGUUGAUCGUGCUCAUCUGAAUCGGCUGCAUUGCACUCCGAAUGCAGCGUACGAAUCGUGGCGGGCUGCAUGAUUCCCAGUACGACUCAAAAGCUUGCUGUAGGCCGACCGUUCGGCCUGAGUUUAAGUUUAUCGUAACGUUCUGUAUCGUCUGCAUUCGGGGGGACGGUAGUCAUACCGAGGACUUAGACCUUUGAUAAAGUAGUCUUUAGAAUAGUAGUGUGUUUCCGGGCGGCUCUUUUACCCCACAGUAAUUGAUACACGUUCCUCGUUCCUGUAAGGGGACGGUGGUCAUGCCGACGCCGUAGUAGACAUUUGACCAAGUAAAGUUCAGAGUACAGUUUCCGAUCGACCAUUUUACCUCACAGUACUUGGUGCAAGAUCCUGUGAGGGGGACCGGUGGUCAUGCCGACGCCGACGUAGACGUUGAUCCAAAGCAACGUUUAAAGUGCAGUUUCCGAACGGCCCUUUUACCUCACAGUGUUUGAUUCACGUUCCUUGUUCCUGUACGGCGGACUGUGGUCAUGCCGACGCCGUCGCGACAGGGAGGCAGUCCACGUGGCGGCACGGAGAGCGUCGCACAGGCGCUUCGCGAAUGCGUGGACGACCCCGUGCGAGGCGUGCGACGGCUGGCGACGAGCCAUGCUGCGAUGCAGCUACAGCGCUCGGCGAUGCUUUCGUACGAGACCGCUAAGAACAAUGUGGGGCCGUCUGGCGCAAGUACCAAAGCGGGGAGCUCUUUAACGCGAAUACGGUCGAGGCUGUUAAAGAUACGCCCUAGACCUGGCAGCUAAAGCACACGUGCAGGUGGGCAGGGCUCAUCUCUUCUGUGUCCACUCCCUCUCCCGCCUCCCUCCCCCUCUCAUCGCCCCCUCCUCUCCUCCCUCACUCUCCUCCUCCUCUUCCUCCUAUGGACCUCCCUCCACUCCCCACCACCCAAGUCUCGCAAUUCGCCCCUCCCUCCUCCCUCUCACCGCUCUCCACCUCCUCCUCCUCCCUCGCCUCUCUCAACCCAUCGUCUAGCAUAUUCACUGCGUGUCAAGACCUGCUGGCGGCACACGCAGCAGCCGUAGCUGCUGCUGCUGCUGAAAACGCCGCUGCAACUGCUGCUGCCACCCCUGCUGGGGCAUCCGGUCCUAGCAACACCACUGAUGAACCCUCCACCAGCCAAGACCCAUCACAACCAGCACCACCGUCGCCAGCACAACCCAAACCCAUCAUUCCCGGAUCUGCCCUCCUCACACCAGACUCCCUCACAUCCUUCGAGCAGCGCUACGAGUGCCUCGCCACGCAGGGCAUCUGGGACCUAGACCCCGUCCCCCGCCCGCUCCCCUGGUUCAAACUCCGCAAGGGGUGGUCCGGGUGGGAGUGCGAUGCCGCCUGGUCCCGCCAAGCCUCGGAAACCGGCAACCUGGCCUUUAGCGCCGCCGAUGCUGUGGCCGACGAGGCUCGGCACGCGAAGGAGUGGCAGGUUCGGGACGCGGUGAAGUACCGGUGGCGGGCGCAUAGGCGGUGCGGGCGGUGGGGGGCGGUGGAUAGGGAGGUCCUGGCGGGGAGGCUGGCGGGGCGGAAGGAAUCACCUGCUCAUGCCGGGAGGUGGAGGAGGAGGAGGGGAGGGGGAGGAGGAGCAGGAGGAGGAGCAGGAGGAGCGGGAGGGGUAGGAGGAGGAGGAGGUGAAGGAGGAGCAGCAGGGAGUGGGAAGGGAGGAAGUGGGGGCUAUGAAGGCCUAGAGCAUCUCAUAGUGGUGCGAGACGAGGUGCCGGAUUUCUGUGCGAGGCUGGACCUGCGGCAGCAGCAGGACUUCCCAGUGUGCACGCAGAUCACCUUCGGGGUGCAGAUCCCGAGGGUUCCUGCGGACUCCGCAUCUAUCCUCUUCGUUCGGGACGACAUCCUCCGAACCUCGCCCGCCAAUCCCGACCCUGCGGCUCAGGAUCCGAGCGCCGGACCUGCUGACGCUCCGGCCCUCUCUUUGCCUUGGUUCGACCAAGUGAACAGUAACAUUUCCGUGCUUAUACUGAAUCGCGGGACGCACUUUGUCGAGGAUGAAAGGUUCAUCCCCCAGCUGAACGAAACCCUCACCAAAGUGCGGGCGGCGGCUCCUGACCUCCUCAUAAUUUACCGAAGCACGCCGCCCGGCCACGCGCACUGCGACCAGCUCCUCGCACCAAUCACUGAGCGCCAGGACGCCUCGUCUCUUCCCAACCACUGGGGGGAGCUUGCCGCCCAGAAUGAGUGGGCGAGGCGGCUGGUGAAGGGGUAGGAGGGGUGUUCCUGGAUGUCGAUCCGAUGACUGCUCUGAGACCUGAUGGGCACAUUCGCCCGCCCUCUGACUGCCUGCAGUACUGCCUGCCUGGGCCCCCGGAUGAGUGGACCAGGAUGCUCUACCACAUGCUGCUGGACUUGCUUUGACCUUCUUUUGGUUGACCAGGGUUGAAUUGAUUUUACUGCAUAUGUACCCCAAUGAGUGGACCAGGAUGCUCUCCCACAUGCUCUGCUUUGACCCCAGUUGACCUGGGUUGACCUGCAGUGACCUGGAGUGAGGGGGUUGUCGUACGAUGUCUGGUCUGGGUUUACACUCGGGAGGGAUGCACGGUACCGGUAGUAUGUUGGACAACCCUGCUGACAUGCACAGUAUUGGCUGGCUGGCCUGCCGUGUUUCCUGCUUUUGUUCGGCUUCUGCUUCUUAUCUGUCAUUCGGAUUACCCACUACUGUGAAAGCUUGCUUAGGUCCUCUUGUAAAGGCAGCGAGCUUCAUUUCAUCUGGGUAACAUACCGUAAACGCUCGGAUAGGAGACCCCUAUGUCUUAUCAUAUACCUACC